CUUGAUAAAAACCACACAAAGAUAUACUCGAAUUGGCACUGAAAUAUUUAUUACUCUCGCUAGUAUUGGCACUAAACUUGUAACGGCUCGUAAAGAAAAUUUUGUGGCACUCUUUGCUGUACGUAAUAAAGGUGUGUGGCCAGCUGAAAGUUUGGAAGGACAGGCGACUGUCCGCGGCAGCUCAGUGGACUACGCUGCGGCCCUGCUCCUUGCUGCAAUGGCCGCUGUACUUCUGGCUGCUGUGGGCUACCAAUGUGCUGCUACUUGGAGGUGGAUUAUGGGCAGAUCCCUUUGGUGUAGGACGCGUCGGGACUCGGAGGAGAGUAACUGCGACUCCCUCUCACGCCAAGCUGCCAUCCGCAUCAGUCACUCUCUUCCUGAUCUGCAGACUGAACCUUUGAAGCAGGAGUACGUUCAGGAGCAUAAGGAUCCUGCUAAAAAGGUUCUUCGUCAAACGACCCUGCCAAUAGUUCCGACGCGUCACCAGACCUUCCAGCGCCAACUGUCCCAUCGUCUUGACCUGCCUUCGAUCCAGUUCAGCAUUUGUAGCCUGGAGCGAGCUGAUUCUUCUAUUGGACUUAUUAAGCCGGAGCUGUACAAGAACGAGUUAGUUCGUCAGUCAUCCACCGAGAGUGCUGAACUGGAGUUCUGCGGCAAGCUGCAUUUUGCACUUAAGUACGAUCAAGAAGUUGAGGCUCUUGUGGUCAAGAUAUUUGAGGCUCGAGAUCUUCCCAUCAAGGAUGUGACAGGCAGCAGUGACCCUUACAUCAAGGUCUUCCUACUCCCCGACCGCAAGAAGAAGUUCCAGACUAAGGUCCAUCGCAAGAACCUGAACCCUGUGUUCAAUGAGACUUUCUUGUUCAGCGUUCCAUAUGAAGAACUUCGUCAGCGCUACAUCCAGUUCUCAGUGUAUGACUUCGAUCGGUUCAGCCGACAUGAUCUCAUCGGUCACGUGGUCCUCAAAGGUCUCCUGGAGUCUGCUGACCUUCAUCAGGAGAUUGAAUACACCAUGAACAUCUUGGCUGCUCCACAGGAGAAGAAAGAUCUUGGGGAGCUGAUGCUUUCGCUUUGUUACCUGCCGACUGCGGGCCGACUGACUGUGACCGUCAUCAAGGCUAGAAACUUAAAGGCAAUGGACAUCAAUGGAUCUUCAGAUCCGUACGUCAAGAUCUGCCUGAUAUGCCAGGGCAAGCGCAUCAAGAAGAAAAAGACGACGGUCAAGAAGAAUACUCUGUCACCAGUCUACAACGAGGCCUUGGUCUUUGACCUUCCAGCAGAAAACGUUUAUGACGUCACAUUGCUUGUUAAAGUCAUCGACUAUGACAGAAUUGGUCCCAACGAGCUGAUUGGCUGUUCCGCAAUUGGCUCCACUUUGAUUGGCAUCGGACGCGACCAUUGGCUGCAGAUGUUGGACAACCCUCGCAAACCAGUGGCCCAGUGGUAUCCCCUGAACAAGAGCCCUCCGGCUAACAUCACGAUACCGAGCAAUGAUGCCCAAAAUUCUGGACUAAGCUGCUUGAAUGGAAGGUGA